AUGAAAGAACCUCAUCGUCUCAGUCAUUCGACAAAAUGGGAUAAUUCGCACUCUCCUGACUCUGGGCGCAAUUCCAGAAUAAAGGAUGAGCCUUCAUCUCCCACACGUCCUAGGCGUCAACGCCUUAGAUCCCCCAUAAUUAUCUCCGACAAUAAUACCAGCCUUCCGGUCAAACGUUCACGUCUCUCUUCACCCAUUAUUAUAAAAGAUGAAAAUCCUGCCGACUUCCGCCGUGGUGUUACCGAAAGCAGAAUCAAAGCGGAAGAAGGGUCACCCCAUUUGCGACGCCGUUCCCCUGCUUUUGACGAUGCUGAACACAUUCGAUGGGGAUCAAAAUCAGAAAAAGCUAGUAAUCGCCCUAGGUCUGACAAAGCGCCCGUGCAAGAACCGAACUUCCAGUUGUCAGGUAAACUUUACUCGUUAUUCUUUCAUUUACUGCAUUAAGUCAGUACUCAUUACAAAUGGCCUCUUGGUGAAGCGUUAUCUCUAGCUAUUGUUUCCUUAAACUUCCUACUAAACUCGUGUUUCAUACUUUUAAAGGCAAACUUGCUGAAGAUACUAACAUGUUCAAGGGAGUUCUGAUCAAGUACAACGAGCCUGAAGACGCCAGAAAACCCACUGUAUUUUGGCGCAUGUACCCCUUCAAGGGGAAUCAGUCCCUUCCUGUUCUUCAUAUUCACCGACAAAGUGGAUAUCUCAUUGGACGUGAUCGGAAUAUUGCAGAUAUACCCAUGGAUCAUCCCAGCAUUUCGAAACAACACGCGGUUCUGCAGUUUCGUUACGUAAGUCCCCCAUUUAUGCGACUUUUUCGUCUAGACAAAGGGACAAACUCGAUUAUACGUAAUAGAUCUUGAAUCGGCCAACGGAACCUUUCUCAAUAACAAGAAGAUUGAGCCUCGUCGCUACUAUGAGGUUCGGGAAACUGAUGUCAUCAAGUUUGGUUUCUCUUCUAGAGACUACGUUGUAAUGACGGACAGUACUGACACUGCUGAAUAG